UUCCCGAAGGGUAGAAUAACGUGAUAAUCCGGAGUUUUCACUGUGAACAACGCGCACGGAGUAAGGACCCACUCGAAGUUCUCCGAUCGUAGGUAACUUUUGCCUAUCAUUGGUGCUUCCAUUGAGUCUUCAUGGCUUCCAACGUGGUGAGCACGAACGUCUUCCGGGAAUUCCAAUCCCAAGUUGACGGCCAAAUUCAAUCUCAGACGGCCGCCAUGCAACAGUUGAACCAGGCCAUGCAGCAGCUCCAACGGGAUUUGAAGGCUUUAUUGACAGAAAAACGACCGUUCGAGGGACCUCACCCACGUUGGGAAACCCCCGACGGCUUUGUCGGGUCGGUGAAUUCCAUAACAAAGCUCAAACUUGAUAUGCCCAAGUGCGCCGGAACGGACCCUUUGGGUUGGUUAUUCAAGGUUCAUGAAUAUUUUGUUUUUUAUGCCGUUCCGGAAGAAUCCCGCCUGUCGGUGGUUUGUUUGAUGUUGGAAGGACAGGCGCUGGACUGGUUCCGGUGGCGCCAACGGAACAACUUGCUGCCAUCUUGGACGGAGUUCGUUACCUCUUUUAAACUACGGUUUGAUCCCUUGAAUUUUGUAGAUUAUUUCGGGUUACUAUCUAAGGUUCGCCAGACGGGGUCCGUGCUUGAAUAUCAACAGGCUUUUGAGAAGGUUCUGGUGAAUGUGACGGGGGUCGAAGAAUCUAAUUUACAAUCUCUCUUUCAUGCCGGUUUAAAGACGCAUCUGCAACAUGAACUCAUGCUUCUCAAACUGUCCUCUUUAUCGGAGUCUUUUGCCCUUGCACGGGAAUUAGAGGCCAAGCUUGCCGCCUGGGCCACAUCUCUUGGGUCACGUCCUUGGCCAACGUCAGGACCUUUCGAUAAGGGCCAAACACAGCCGUUUUUGCCACUGCCAGGAGCGCCACAACCAGAGGAUAAAACGCCUCCCACCCCCCCGAUUCGUUGUCUCACCUACGCCAAAAAGAAAGAGCGUGACGCCAAAGGCCUAUGAUAUAAUUGUGAUGAGAAGUGGUCCAAGGGUCAUCGGUGUGGCCGUUUUUUAUUGUUGCUCGAAGAUGAGGAGGAGGACUUCUCGCCAGAGACGAUGGAUGAAACCUUGCUUGUGGCGGACGUUUCGACAUUGAAUAGUAUGGCCGGUGUCACGGCAACCCGGUCGUUACGUUUAUCGGGAAUGAUUGCGGG